GGCUAACGCCAGUUAACGGGAUGCGUUUGUUACCUUAACUAAACGUCAAAUUAAAGGAGUAGCUACAGGAUACAAGCGGGAGUCAAGACAGGGACAAGAUGUUGGAGUCCUAUGUCACACCGCUCCUGAUGAGCUAUGUGAACAAGUACAUAAAGAAUCUGAAGCCAUCUGACCUGCAGCUGUCUCUCUGGGGAGGAGAUGUGGUGCUCAGUAAGUUGGACCUGAAACUGGAUGUACUGGAACAGGAGCUGAAGCUGCCUUUUACAUUCAUGAGCGGUCAUAUCCAUGAGCUGCGUAUCCACGUACCCUGGACCAAGCUGGGCUCGGAGCCUGUCGUCAUCACCAUCAACACCAUGGAGUGCAUCCUCAAGCUGAGGGAUGGAGCCCAGGAUGACCACGAGAGCGGCUCCAGCUCCACCAGUCGCAGCGUCUCAGACAGCUCCAAGGCAGUGGCCAAGCCCCGCCGCCUCCAGCAGGCUGCCCCCAGUGACCCGGACCUGCCCCCAGGUUAUGUGCAAAGUCUGAUCCGGCGUGUGGUGAACAAUGUCAAUAUUGUAGUGAACAACCUGAUCCUGAAGUAUGUGGAAGAUGACAUCGUGCUGUCGGUCAACAUUACCUCAGCAGAGUGCUACACCGUGGACGAUAUAUGGGAGAGGGCCUUCAUGGACAUCACGGCUCCAGAACUGGUGCUCAGGAAAGUGAUCAACUUUGCUGACUGCACGGUGUGCUUGGACAAGAGGAACGCUAGUGGCAAGAUUGAGUUUUACCAGGACCCGCUGCUGUACAAGUGCUCCUUCAGAACACGCCUCCAUUUUACCUACGACAACAUCAAUUCCAAGAUCCCGUCUGUGAUCAAAAUCCAGACCAUGGUGGAGAGCCUGAAGUUGUCCAUUACUGAUCAGCAGCUACCCAUGUUUAUCCGCAUUUUAGAGCUGAUUAUUGCCCUCUACUACGGGGAAAUCGGAGGACACAAAGAAGGCGAGGGAGAAGAGGGCAGCGGUCAUGUCAGGGAGGCUGGAACAAGUUUGUCUGGCAUGGAUGUGGAUAUGGAAAGCCAGGGGACUAGCCAGUACUCCAGCCAAGACUUCUACAUGCAGUCUGGAAAUCCUGAAGAGGCAGACCAGGGUUGGGUGUCCUGGGCUUGGUCCUUCGUUCCAGCCAUCGUAGGCACAGAGGAGGAAGGAGAGGAAGGCCUCUACCAGCAGAGAGAGAUUGGAGGCAUUCCCAGCAGCCCCCAACAACACACACCCAAGGACCCCAUUGUGUCUAUAGGCUUCUACUGCACCAAGGCUUCUGUUACCUUUAAGCUGACAGAGACCCAGUCAGAGAGCAGCUACUACAGUCCUCAGAAGGUCAAGUCAAGAGAGGUCCUGUGUCUGGAGCAAGAGGGGAUCACUAUUGAGGUGCUGAUGAUGGGGGAGCCCUUCUUCGAUUGUCAGAUUGGCUUUGUGGGCUGCCGGGCACUCUGCCUGAAAGGCAUCAUGGGAGUACGGGAUUUUGAGGAAAACAUGAACCGACGUGAAGAGGAUGCAGUGUUCUUCACCUGUGGGGACAGCCUUAGCAGUAAAGGAAUGACCUACUUGACCAACUCUCUGUUUGACUACCGCAGUCCAGAAAACAAUGGAGUCAGGGCUGAGUUCAUCUUGGAUGCUGCUAAUCACAAGGAGACCUACACAGAGAUAGCCGGCAUGCAGCGCUUUGGUGCUUUCUACAUGGAUUACCUCUACACAAUGGAGAACAGCAACGACAAAGGCUCUCAAGACUUCUCUGUGGUGAGUAUGGAAGAAGUGAUGCCUACUGUCCAAGAGACGUCCAUCAAGAGGUUGGUUGUUGGACCUCUGGACGUUAGGUUGCACAGCAGCGCCGUCCAUCGCAUCCUCAAGAUGGUCACCUGUGCCAUGGACCAUGAAUAUGAGCCCUACUGCAAGCCAUAUGGAGAAAUGGUUGAUGAGAGCCACGGCCCAGCUACUCCAGAAGAGAUAUCCAACUUAGAGGAAUUCAUCCCAACCAGACUAACUUGUCUCACUUUGCUCCAAGUCUCGGUCACUGUCUCUAUGGCAGAGUUCAACCUCCUUCACACACUAAUGCCUGUCAUCAUGGGAGGCAAGGCUGCACCAGGGCCAGUCAACGUGCCAGUGUUUCAGCCGGUGCGCCCUCUACCUUCUGUCCAGUUCCAGGUGGAGAGGGUGAAUGUCGAACACUCGGUGCCCAUGUAUGCUCCAGAGCUGGUCAGCGCUGUCAGCAGUCUCAGCCAGCCUUCUGACAACCUGCUACAUCACUGCUAUGCACACCUCUACCUCAAGGUGUUUGGGUUCCAGGCAGGCUUGACAUGCCAGGACAGUGCAGGGGGUUUCCUGCCUCUCAUCCCCAUUAUCCCCUCCUUCAGCACUGCACUUUAUGGGAAGCUGAUUCAGAUGCCUGCAUACUGGAGCAAAAGGUCUUCGGUCCCCACCACUGAGUGUAUUUUUGAACUACCCCACUUCACCGUGCAGGCCACAAGGGCUCAGACGCUUUUGCUGCAAGCGAUCUGCCAGAGCUGGACCCACAGCGUAGCGUCCGGAGCCCCGCAGACACUCAGCGAGAAUCUGCUCAAUGAGGUUUACAAAACUCCAGGUGUGAAAUCUCCUGGCCCGUCACCGACUCUCGAGGGCUCGGUCCAAAACCUGGAGCUGAAGUUCUGCAGCCGUGCGACGGUGAAAUGCGCCUCAGGAACCGUGGGAGCUGUAAAAGUGUGUGCCAGGACCCCAGGUUCAGGAGAGGGGGUAAAGGAGAAGCUAGUUCCUCUGAUCCAGGGUCCGUCUGACACCAAAGAUCUUCACAUGAGCCGCUGGCUUAAUGAGAUCCGCAAGCCUGAAUCUCUACUGGCCCCUGACCUGCUGGCGUUCUCCAUUCAGGUCCCUCAGCAAGGAGAUGACUGCAGAAACUCAGGUGCAGUCCUGCUGGUCAGCGUCCAGGGCAUAGCUGUCAACGUGGACCCCGUCUUCUGCACAUGGCUGCUGUACCAGCCUCACAGAGGGAGCAGCAGACAACAGCAACAGACUCCGGGUCCAGUUCCUCUGGCUAAGAGGAGAGAUGAUGAGGUGUCGGUGGGAAGCACACCACUGGCCAAACAGCCCUCCAAUCAAGCCUCAGACUACGCCAGCAGCCCUGUCAAAACCAAGACUGUGACAGAAUCACGUCCCCUUUCCAUCCCGAUGAAGGUGAUGCCCGACACCACUGCAGCGGAGUCAUGGACGACCUCAGAGGAGAGAAUGAAGGAGCUUAUUGCCCAUGCCUGGGAUGCUGUUAAACGCCUUACACUACAGUUGGAGGUGCAGCCGUGCUGUGUGUUCCUGCCCAAUGACAGCCUCCCCUCCCCGAGCACCAUCAUCUGCGGUGAUAUUCCUGGCACCGUGCGUAGCUGGUACCACAACCAGGCUUCCAUGCCCGGGACUCUAGUAGUCUGCCUGCCCCAGAUCAGUGUCCUCAGUGCUGGGCACAAGUACAUGGAACCACUGCAGGAGCUCCCCUUUGUGGUCUCCAAGCCCAUCUUGGAGGAAGGUGAUGCCUUCCCAUGGACAAUAAGCCUGACUCAAUUCAGCGUGUACACUCUGCUGGGCCAGCAGAGAAGCCUAAGCCUGCUGGAGCCUAUGGGCUGUACGUCCACACUGGCCGUCACAUCCCAUAAGCUGCAGAGCUGUUCUGAAGGAAGACACUCCUUUGUAGUCUGCCUCCAUGUUGAUCUGCAGCCCGUCCACGUCAAGUGCUCCAACCCUCAGGUUCAGCUGUUGUACGAGCUCCUGCUCAGUUGGACCUCCACAUGGGCUCGCCUCCAGAGGCAUGGCAUCCUGCGUCAGACUUCCAACAUCCCAGAACCCCCUGCCGGUGCUGCUCCGUCCUCCCCAGUGCGCAGCAGUGCUGGCACCGCCCUCCCGGACACCAGCACCUGCAGCCCCUCUGCAGAUUUUGGCUCCCCCACCGAGGGUGACUCUGUGCCAGCCGGAGACGACAGUCCAUUCGCCGACACUGUGACUCUGGAGCAGAAGACGAGCAGCAUCGGUGGCACCAGUGGGAAGGUCAGCCUUUGGAUGCAGUGGAUGUUACCCAAGGUCACCGUCAAACUGUUUGCUCCUGACCCAACUGCCAAAAAGACAGAAAUCUGUGUCGUCAGUGAACUUGAAGACCUGAGUGCCUCAGUAGAUGUCCAGGAUGUUUACACGAAGAUCAAAUGUAAAGUUGGCAGCUUCAAUAUCGACCACUACAGAUGCAGGCCAGGGCAGGGCUGGCAUUCUGGCCACUAUGAAGGACUCAUUCUGCAGUGCAAGGAGACAGCCGUGACGGCAGCUAAAGUCCUGGAGGGCUCUCACCAGCAGCACGGUUUUCUGUCCAUCACCUACACGCAAGCUGUCACCAAAAAUGUCCGUCACAAACUAACCACCCGGCCCGAGCGGCCAACACGCAGCAGUGCUACCACUGCCAGUCAGCGGGUGACCACUGAUCCUCUGGCUGACAGCUCACCUCAGUACCUGAGAGAAAUCCUGCUGACAGCUCAGCCCUUUGAUGUGCUGCUGUCCUGCCCCUUACUGGCCACUGUAGCAGGAGUCUUUCAGGCCACAGUACCAAGACGCUACAGAGAGCGUGGGAAGUCAGCAGGCCAGCCAAUGAGAAGCCACACGCUGACGUCUCGGUGUUUGCCUCUCAUCUACAUCAACACCAGUGUGAUCAGAGUCUUCUGCCCUGCAGCCCAAGACAAACAUACCGCAUCAGCAGAUCCCCAUAUGAAAAAAGAAGACACCCUGGUACUGAAGCUGGGUUCCCUCAGCAUGGCUCCUCAAGCAGAUAACCCUCUGACCCGCACUGUGCUGCGAAAAGACAUCUACCAACGUGCGUUGAACCUUGGCAUCCUGCGUGACCCAGGCUCAGAGGUGGAGGACCGUCAGUACCAGAUUGACCUUCAGUCCAUCAACAUUGGCACAGCUCAGUGGGAGCAACUCAAGCCAGAGAAGGAGGGAAUCAAAGGAGGUAUAUCAGCGGAGAGCGAGAGGAGCUCCCAGAACCCGGCUCUGGAGUGGAACAUGGCCAGCAGUAUCAGGAGACACCAGGAGCGCAGGGCCAUCCUGACACCAAUCCUGACUGACUUCUCUGUCCGAGUGACUGCUGCUCCAGCCAUCAUCUUCAGCAAGAAUCUGUCCCCUGAAAGUGGACAGACAGAGGAGGUAGUGGUGUGUGGCCACUCUCUGGAGGUGAACAUGACCAGCAGUCUGGAUUUCUACCUCAGCGUCGCCCAGGUGCAGCUCCUUCAACAGCUCUGCAGAGACAACAUGGUGGGCAUGGAUGCUCCUGAGAAAAGCACCGAGGUGCGUCGACAUGAGCAAAAGCGUGGGGCUCGAGACUCUGCAGCAGGCAUCGACUCCUCGUCUCGUCACAGUGGGACGCACACUGGGACUGGGCAGGACAGUGGCUUUGGCAGCGACAGCGCCCGCAUCCGCAUUGUCCAAAUAGAGCAGCAGAGCGGGACCAGCCACCACUGCAUCGCACGGCCCUCCCACAAGUCCACCAUCACCAAGAACCUAAGCUUUAUCCCUUUUGACAUCUUUCUUACUGCUAGUAGGUUGUCAGUCAUGACCUACACAUGCUCCAGUCCCCCAAAGACCCUUUCCUCAUCAUCAGACACCCCCAGUACACCAGAGAAGAUGGAGACUGGGGAUAAGGUGGGAAAGAGUGCCCUCAACCAGCCUGAGAUCCUGUCCGAGUCUCCUCCACCCUCGACUUCGCCGACUCCAGACCCCGCUCCAGCUGCUCAGAGUUCCCUCGCUGGCCUGACUGCUGAGGACAUCCUCAACAGCAACACCUCCCAGCCGGCUUCCCCACUGCUGAGAGGCAGCCUGCUCUCCCUGGACGGCCUGCCCACCCCCAGCCGCUCCUCAGCACGCCAAGCGUUGGGUGUGACGGUGGUGAGGCAGCCUGGGAGAAGAGGGGCUGGAGACCAGGUGCUGGAGCCCCUGCUCUACCUCCAAGUGAUGCAACCUUCUGCUCUGCUCAGCUGCCACCACCGGAAGCAGAGGAUGGAGCUGUCUGUGUUUGACGUGUCCUUAAGAGGAGUAGCUUCUGACUACAAGUGCCUAGACCCAGGAAAGACUUUGCCAGAGUCUCUGGAUUACAAUGUGUUUUGGCUGCAGACGGUAGCAGGCGAGGUGGACAGUAAAACAGGCAUCCCUCCCCCUCUGCUCUGCCUACAGAUCAAAGAUUUCCUCAAUGGACCAGCUGAGCUGAACGUAGAGCUAUCACGCCCCCUGAAAAUCAACCCCACACUGGCAAAGCUAGAGCAGGCCAAAGCCUACCUGAAGAAAGUCCUACCAAACCACACGUGGAACACCUCUAGCAAACCACCAUCUGCUUAUUCGACCCCUCAUUCAUCCCCUAUGAAGACGCUGCCCAAGGCCUUUCCUCCUCGUUCAGACCCCCACCAUCAGACCCUGGGCCUGGGUAAAACUAGCGGCAUCAAGACCGCGGCACUGUCCUUCCACAAGGUCUCUCUCCACACUGCCCAGAUUGUUGUAGUCAUGGAGACGGAGGCGCAUCCAAUGAGGCCCAGCGUGACAGCGUCAGUGUCAGCUAUGACUGGAAGUCUGAAUAUAAAGUCGGGGCCGAGGAUAGAGGAUGCAGUCCAGUCUGCUUCUGUGCUGCUGGAGCUGCAAGAUGUGUUCGUGAGAACAGGGCUCAAGGACCGAAGCCGUCUUCUUCUGGGGCCAUUCUCCUGCAGUACCUCUCUGGAGGCCCGGUGGUGUCGGCACAGCGGUAGCCCUGGACCUGAGCUCGGCCCCCCUAAACUGCUGCUGGACCUGAAGGGAGGCCUGCUGCAGGUGUUUUGGGGCCAAGAACAUCUGAACUGCCUCAUGCUGGUGGAGGAGCACUUACAAGCGUAUCUACUCCUCCAGAAAGGAGAUUCAGCUGAUGGCUUUAUGAAAGGCAAGGCCUGCCACACCCAGCCACCUCCCUCCCCAGGUUCUCCCUCUCCUCGGACAGAGCACAGCUCUGAUGACCUGCGCACGGGACAUUUUCAGUACAUCCAGGACUCAGCUUCACAGAGACAGCCAGGACCCCAUGAGGUGGUGUUCUACAGUGAGACAGAGGACAGCCCUGGGGUGAUGCUGUGGAGGUACCCCGAACCGCGUGUCCUUACCUUUGUCAGGAUAACUCCUGUCCCUUUCAACACCACGGAAGACCCUGAGAUCAGCACGGCCGACCUGGGGGACGCCUUACAGGUACCAUGCAGCCUGGAGUACUGGGACGAGCUCCAGCAGGCCUUUGUUCCAUAUCGGGAGUUCAGCCUGUCAGAGAGCAGCGCCUGCCAGCUGCAGCUGCCCAGCCUCAGCCUCACUGACCAGCAGAAGGAGCUGGUGGCCUCAGACCUGUGGAGAAUUGUACUCAAUAAUAAUGGAGAGGGAGGAGAUGAGCAGAGUUCAGAUAGUGAUUGUGGCUCCCAGCUGCCCUGUGAACAGCUGGUAUCUCCUAUGGCAUUGGCAGCCUGCACCCGUGUGGACUCCUGCUUUGCACCCUGGUUCGUCCCUUCUCUGGGCGUGUCCCUGCAGCUGGCACAGAUGGAAGUUCACCUCUGCCACCAUCUGGAACAGCUGGGCACAGUUCCAUCUCGACGACUUCGCCCCUUCCUACCAGACAGGAAGUUACCUCAGGAGCAGGAGUUCGUGGUCAUUGGUGCUCGGGAGCCGCGGGUCUUCUUGCGCCAGUGGAGCAAUGGACCACGUCACAGUCAGGAGUUCAGCUUUUCCACCCAGCUGGACUGCAAGCUGCUGGAGUAUCGAAACCUUACACACCUUCAGCUUCUCCAGCCCUGUCUACUACAGGGUCAGGCUACAGCCACCUGCUGCCCCCAGAACACCACGUUGGAUGCGAAUGUGUUUGUGGAUCCAGUGUUCCUCAAUAUCAGCCAAUAUGCCAUCCAUACCCUGGACACUGCCCUGCAGAGCUGGCAACAGAAUGGGAACCUGGAGGCCGAGGAGCUGGUUUACAGCCACUACGUGAUCUGCAACGACACCCACGAGACUCUGCGCUUCGGCCAGGUGGACACCGAUGAGAACGUGCUGCUGGCCAGCGUCCACAGCCACCAGUACAGCUGGAGAUCCCACAAGUCCCCUCAGCUGCUCCACAUCUGCAUCGAGGGUUGGGGGAACUGGCGCUGGUCGGAGGCCUUCAGCGUGGACAACGUAGGGACUCUGCUGAGAACCAUACACUACAAAGGACGCACUGCUUCACUCAUCAUCAAGGUGGUGCAGCUCAACGGUGUCCAGAAACAGGUAAUAAUAUGCGGGCGUCAGGUGAUGUGCAGCUACCUGACUCAGGACAUCGAGUUGCGGGUGGUGCAGCACUACGUGGGGCCUGACGGUCAGACAGUAGUCAGAGAACACUGUGACUGCCUGGAGGCAGGGGAGAAGUUGCCGUCCUACGUGCUGGAGGACGCAGAGAUGACAGAGCUGUGUGUGAGGGCCCGAGGGGACGAAGACUGGUCCCAGGAUGUUCAGCUGGAGAGGAGGGACAAGGGCAGCAGCAGCAGCUCUGUUGUACAGGUGCCGUGUUCCAGUGGCUCUUUGCUGUACGUGUGGUGUACUCUCAUCACUAUUGAACCUGAUUCUCACAUGCAACAGAGAGUGGUGGUUUUCAGUCCACUGUUUGUCAUGAGGAGUCACUUGCCAGAUCCGAUUAUUGUCCAGAUAGAGAAGAGGAGCCUUGGCCUGAAAGAGGGCCAGCUGAUACAAGGACAGGGCCACCACGAGCCCCUGUUAAACACUGAGGCUGACCUCACCCACCACCUCACUUUCCAGGCCAGGGAGGAAGAAGAUGCUUCCCAAUGCGCUGUACCAAUCUCUACCAGCCUAAUCAAACAGAUAGUGAACAACAAGAGUGGAAACGAGGACAACCUGGAACACAUCCUGGCUGACUUCUAUGGUCCAAAGACUUCCAAUGAACCACCUUGGCCUUACGUCACCAAAGAUACUGAAAGGUCAGUGCUGGAGCCUCUUGCCCAGUGGGACAGUCCCAUGCAGGUGAAGUUAUCCUGCUGGAAGUCUGGCCUGAACACCCUGCUGGUGGAGCUGCUGCCCUGGGCCUUGCUGGCCAACCACUCCCAAUGGGACCUCUGGCUUUUUGAGGGGGAGACCAUCGUACUGCAGAUACCAGCCGGCAAAGUUAUUGUACCACCCAACUUCAAGGAAGCCUUCCAGAUUGGUAUCUACUGGGCUCACACUAACACCGUCCACAAGUCCACAGCACUGAAACUGGUCCAUGACCUGACUUCUCCUCGAUGGAAAGAAGGCUCGGGCUCAGAGGUGGUCACUCUGGAUGAGGAAGGAUAUGUGGAGGCCGACAUCACCCUGGGAGCCCUCCCUGGCAGGCAGAAGCUGUGUCAGUUCUGCGUGUCUUCUGUGGUGAGACAUGGCAUCCAGAUCCUACAGAUAGAGGACACAACUAUCCUUGUCAACAACACUCCUUUCACAAUACAAUACAGGCCUCUGCUGACUGACCAUGCACUGGGAACUGAUGAGCAGACCUGUGACAUACCAGAGACAGCAGCCUUCACACUGGCGCCCUCUGAAGAAUCAUCCAUAGCCAAACCCUGCUCAGUGCCAUGCUGGGACCUCCUCCAAACCAGCGUGCAGGGAACAGUGGGGUUCCCUCUGCCGCUCAAACACAUGCUCUUCAGCUUGUUUCCCAGGCCUGAUCCCGGAGUCGGAUCUACAGCAUGGAGCCUCCCUGCUCCCAUCCGACCAGACUUCCCCAGGCAGAGUUUGUCGGUUCCUGGGGAACCGGACUCUGGGGGUGGCCUGAACAGCAGAGCCUUAGUGCUGACGUAUCAGGAGCACCUCGGGGUCACGUACAUCACUCUGAAUGAGGACCCCUGUCCUCGGAUGCUGAUCCACAAUAAGUGUCCCAUCCCACUGCUGCUCAAGGAAAAUGUCAAAGAAACUCCGAGGACUGAGGUGUACUGUCUUCCUCUGCCUGCUAAUAGCUCCCUGCACCAUGAGCUCUACCACCACUUUUCCAAUUUCCCUGACUGCAGGCAGAGAGAGGUGCUGCCCACACUGCUGCUCAAAACCACCUCAGACCACAGCACGACAGACUGGACUGACCGCAUUGAUAUCAACUGCCCCGGCACUCAGGUGGUGUUCCUGCCAGGCUUUGGCUGCCUCUACAUAGACGUGGUAUAUGAGAGAGGAACCCUGGUUCUGUCUCUGGCACCGGAGGGCAGCGUGGAUGCUGUAAUCAACCAGCACAGCAGGUCUACUAAGCUCUCCUUCAGGGUCCUCCUGAGUGAGGCCAGCGUGGUGUUGAGCGAUGACAUCACCAGCCCCUCCGGUUCCGUGGAGCUUCUGAGGCUCACGUUAACCAAGCUGCUGCUCAGCCUGGCUCCGGCGCCCGCCUCCCUUCCACCAGAGCUCACUCUCGACCCCGGAGCAGGCGCGGCACCCGUAUCCGCCCUGAUCCCAGACGCCUCCCUGAUCGAGGUUUACUGCUCCAGCCUGCAGGUGGACAACCAGCUGUACAACCGAGCCAGCUUCCACUUCCCCGUGCUGCUGUGCCAGGAGCAGAGAGGAGGAGCCGAGCCCGGGGUUCAGUGGAGCAGCGAUGCCAACCCGUCCCAGUCUCCUGAACUCCUGAACGAGUUUAAACGCUCGUGUUUCCUCCAGCUGAGGAUGAUAUUGGCUGGAGACAGAUGCACUGUGGAGGAGGUCAGCUUCCAGCUCCAGCCUGCUAGAGUCUACCUCGAAGACACCUUUGUUUACUACAUUAAAACGUUGUUCCACACCUACAUCCCCGACAUCGCCCUGGCUCCAGCUACAACCAAGACCCAGAGGAGUAGAGAGCCUGGAUCAGCUCCCAUUCUCCCCGAGCAGGUGCUUCAGUCGAUCCAGGCGUUGGUCCACCCUGUGAGGCUGCAGAGGCUGACCAUCCAGCCCGUCAACCUGCUGGUCAGCAUCCACGCCUCCCUCAAGCUGUACAUCGCCUCAGACCACACUCCCCUCGCUUUCUCCCUGUUUGAGAGAGGGCCGCUCUGCACCACAGCCAGACAGCUGGUCCACGCUCUGGCCAUGCACUACGCCGCCGGAGCCCUCUUCAGAGCUGGUUGGGUGGUGGGGUCUUUGGAGAUACUGGGCAGUCCUGCCAGUCUGGUGCGGAGCAUUGGUAAUGGUGUAUCCGACUUCUUCCGGCUGCCAUAUGAGGGUCUGACUCGUGGGCCCGGAGCCUUCGUCAGUGGGGUCUCCAGAGGAACCACUUCCUUCGUCAAACAUAUCUCAAAAGGCACCCUGACGUCCAUCACUAACUUAGCAACAAGCCUGGCCAGGAACAUGGACCGUCUGUCUUUAGAUGAGGAGCACUACACCAGACAGGAGGAGUGGAGACGGCAGCUACCAGAGAGCCUCGGAGACGGGCUAAGGCAGGGACUGUCACGACUCGGCAUUAGCUUGUUAGGAGCGAUAGCAGGCAUCGUGGACCAGCCUAUGCAGAACUUCCAAAGGAACUGGGAGCUGCAGAGCUCAGCUGGCAGCAAAGCCAAAGGUGUCAUCUCUGGAGUGGGGAAAGGCAUUGUGGGUGUUUUCACUAAGCCCAUCGGCGGAGCAGCCGAGCUGGUGUCCCAAACUGGAUACGGGAUCCUACAUGGAGCAGGGCUGUGGCAGCUUCCUAAACAACUCUACCUGCCAACAGAGGAGAAGUCCGCUCAGGCCCCCAACAGCCACCUUAAAUAUGUCUGGAAGAUGCUCCAGUCUCUGGGGCGACCAGAGCUCCACAUGGCCCUGGAGGUGACCAUAGUGAGUGGGUCGGGUCAGGAGCAUGCCGGAUGUCUGCUGCUCACCUCCGAGGUGCUGUUCGUAGUCAGCCUCAGUGAGGACACCCAGCAGCAGGCCUUCCCCAUCACUGAGGUGGAAUGUCAGCAGGAGCCAGAACAGCAGGGCCACCUCACACUCACUUUACAGCAGCAGACAGUAGCCAGCGACACAGAGGGUGACGGUGUUCGUGAGCGUCUGUCAGAGCAGCAGUAUCGGCGGCUGGUUGAUUACGUGACGCGAGCCUCCCAGUUUAUUUCCCCCUCCACUGCCUCUCUCCAGCUGCAGCCAACAGUGACGCUCGCCGAGGCGCCGCCCUCCAUCACCAAGUCUUACCGCUACUUGGUAGAUCCCGCCUUUGCCAAAGUGUUUGUCAGCAAGUUCAUGGUGGUGAAGAAUAAAGCCUUACACAUCGGAUUCCACUGAUACACAGUAACACAUCUGUGGCUGUGAGACUGAUGGAUAUGAGAUCAGCCUUAUGCUACAGAGACAAAGUUGUUCCAAUUUAAAUUACGCCUUAAAAACUAUUGGGAUACAUUGUACUCUGGCUUUUAAAAGAUAACUACUUUAUGCAAAACAUGCCUGUUGAGGUAGAAGAACAGUUUCAUAUAUAUAUAUAAGGUCAUCCAUGCCUUAUGGACAUAGAGAAUUCUUAUAAAUUGCCUUUUGAAAUAUAUAUUUUCUACUGAUAAAACAAACUCAUCAUAGAGGGUUAGAGGUCAUUUUAAUCAUAGAAACACAUGUACACAUUUCAGUUAGCACAUACUGUAAUGAACACUAAAACACACAAGAGUCAACUUUAACCUACUUGGACCAAGUGUCUCCUCUUUUAAAUUAAAACGACAGCUCAUUUAGUCAGUGUGAAACAUUUUCAGUGCUGCAGACACAAAUACAAAGUACAGAACCAACAGGAGAAAACUCAAACUCUCUUUCAGUCUGUAAUGUUUCACUCUGCAGAAUAAGCUCGUAGUGUUUACAUUAUCCAUGUAGUGAGUAUGUCUCAUGCCAGUGUUAAGUGCAAUAUUAUAUACAUGUUGAUGGACGCUAGAGAUACCAGCUGUCAACCAAAAUGUUUUUAUAGAUGAUGUAACAUACUUCUUUCACAAUAACACUGUCCUUUGUAACCUUCUGAUGCCAACUCUCAUGAUGCAAACAUGUUGUUAUUGUUGCCUUUUAUAUUGUUGUAACAUUAAGCUCUAUGUAAGAUUUAAGUCCAAUACAUUUAAUGUAAAUUGAUAAUAUAUUAAUAGAGAACCCUUUUAAUAAAAAAUAUAUUAAAAAUGAUA